CGUCAAAGUGUAAUUUCAAUUUUUUCAACAGAAUUCAGAAAUGGUGGCAUAAAAAAUAAUAAAGGUAAAGUAAAAGAAACAAAGAGCAAUACCACCAAACGCAAGUCAUUACUUAAAAAGGAAAUCUUUAAACCUUACUGGCUGUCCAGCAAUUAUUUCAAACCUCUUAGUUAAUCCAGCAGGCCCCAUUUAUAUUAAUAACAAUACCACAAUUAUUGACUAAAUUUUAAAAAAGAACUGAAAUGUCUUCGAAUGUGAGCCCCUCGCACUAUGUAGAAGACGCUUUUGUAACAGACGCCGACUUUAAAGUCUCGAUAAACCAACAAAUGAAGGUGCCCGACAAGAUAAGUUUCAAUAGCGAACUGAAUGGGGACAUCCGCAACUCCUGGGUGAAAGACAACUUUAACAUGAACGUACCUGAAAGGAUAUUAGUGGCCGGGCAAGACCAACAUAUUGGUACAAGGGCACCACCCAGGGAAAUUGUCUUUGAUAAUUCCCUGUUAUCUUCUGAGCCCUAUCCAGCGAAUUUGCCAAGGGUAGCCACCCCUCCCAGAACCCUUACUUUAGACAGAUAUCCUUUUCCAGGUGUCGACGACCAUGAGGAGGACCAAGAGCCAGAAGAUCAACUUCCAGUUAUCAAACCGAAGGCAAAAGUGCAGUUGAAUUUAAAUGAUUCUGUUUAUUCUAUGAAUAAUUCUUUUAGAGACACAUCCACUCCACCAUUAGGCGGUGAAAGUUUGACACCGGCAGAAGAAAUCACCCACCUACGACGCCAAAUGGUGAAACUGAACAGGAGGGUGAUGGCCUUAGAACUAGAAAACCUCAAUAGGAUGCAAAAGGAGAAAUUCAUAGUAGGAUUCGGCAUAGCGUACUUUUUGCUUAAAGUUAUAGUUUGGAUGAAUCGGGACUAAGACUAGUAGGUAGCAGUAGUAGUAGUACAUUAUUAUUGUUGAUAUUAGCAGGAAAUUUAUUAGGGCCAUAACCUUGUUUCACUUUUAUUGGUCAUCCUGUAUCUUGUGUUAUCAUUUCAUACAGUACUGUAUUGUUUUUUUUUUACUAUAUUUACUCCUUCUUUUACGAUAUUGUUACUAAUUAUUUUAAGUGUAACUUAUGACUACGACUGUAUCUUAUUUUUUAAGUAAGUUGUAAUUGGUAUGAAAUAAACAUUAAUAAGUUGUU